AUGUUCUUUAUUUUUCUUUAACUUUUCAUUUUAAUCAAUUGUGAAUUGAUUCAAAUUUUAACUAGAUAAGAAGCAAUUUUAGAUGUAUUUAGUUAAUCAGGCAUCAUUCUUGAAUAAUAACUAACAGAAUAGCAAUUUUGCAAAAUCAUUCAACAAUAAUUAGUAGCUAAUAAUAUUGAUGAUAAUUCUAUAACUCUGAUAGAUAGUUAUAGUGAUGACAAUUUUAGUUAGGAUUUUGAAUAUGGUUCAUACAAAGGAAAAAUAGGAAAAAUUAUAAAAUUUGUUUAAGUAAAACAAGGUAUACUUGUAUUAAGGGAUGAUGGUUUAUUAUAUUAUUUAAAAAUUCAAGACGCAAAAUUCAAAUAGUAAGCAACUUUUAAAUUAGAUAUUAAUGUAGAAUCUCUUUAAAAUAAUGUUUUUAUUGAAUAUUUUAAUGAUUAAAAUUCGAUUUUAAUAAUAGGAAAUGGAGAAACAAUUUCAUUGGAUUUAGAAGUUAGUGAUAAAGAUGUAACUAUUAAAUAAUACAAAAUUUAUGAAUAAUGGCAAAUCUAACAUAUCAAUAGUAUUGCAACAGCUGGUAAUCUCAUCAUUGCAGCAAUGAAUAUUGGUAUUAAAAUGUUUGAAUUUGCAAACCAUUAAUUAAGUGAAAUAUUUUUAGAUACUUAAAUGAUGGGUAGAAUUUAGGAUAUUAAGGUUUUCAAAGAAAUAAACAAUGAUAACUACUUUAUAUAUUUAUUAGAUGAAUAAUAUGGAGUUAGUUAAUAUAAUUAUAAUGUGGGAAGAACUGCUAUAUUAUAAUUUAAUUCUCAUAUGGGUUAAAUUCCUUAUCCAGGAGAGAUCUUAGAUGUAUAUGGAGAAAUAUUGAUGAUAGUGAAAAAUUAGACUUUAUUUGAAUUUCGUAUCGAUUACACUAAAAAUAGUUAUGAAUUAAUUAAACAACAUGAUUUAGAAACUGAUAUAAUUGAUAUCUAAUUAACUGAUACUUUCGCAAUUAUCAUAGGAAGAAAUGGACAUCAAAUAUUGUUUCAUUCGAUUCCGUCUAUUUAUUCUUAAUUUGAAUGGAUGAAUCAAUUAGUGAUACCAAAUCUUAAACAACUAGAUAUUUUAUCAUUAAAUUUAGAUCUUCAAAUAAAUAAAAAUCAAAAUAAAACCACUCAUAAUACUAUUGUUGGAAUCACCUAACAUAAGUUUUUCUUUUCAAAAGUUGAAUUGGUAUUAAAUAGCCAUAUAUAUUGUAGUAAUAAUCAUACAUUGAAUGCUAUUCAGAUACUAUUACCUCUGAAAUAGAACUCAAAUAUUAGCAAUAAUCUACAUAGUGUAAGUCAAAUCUAAAAAAUAAAAUAUGCUAAUUAAAUAAGAUUUAUACAAUUCAAUUUGUAGAUCCAAAAGCCUUUGGAGGUGGUAAAGAAACUUAUCUUCUUAUUUUAAUUCUCUAUCUCAUUUCUAUAGCAUUCUUUUUAAUCUUUUUAGGAACCCUUAUAAUUUUAUAUAAAAGAUAUCAUCGAAUUCCUCAAAGAAUAGAGUUAGAAGAUAAAGAAGAAUAACCAUAUUCAAAUACUGUUAGACAUAUUAAAAUGGCUUCAUCAAAAAAAAUAAUUUAUUCAUCAAAAGCUGAUUAAAGUCCUGUGACUGGUCUUUAAGAAUAAAUUAAUUAACAAUUGAAUAAUAAUAACAAACCGAUUGCUUAAGAAAAUUAAGACUUAUCUCCUAUGGUAUCUGAAAUGAGAUGA